AUGCUCCCCGGCAGCAGCGACAACAGCGACCUGACGUCGCUCUCUUACUCUUUCUCUUCCUCUAACAACUCCAACCCAUACUCUCACUUUCAUCACUACUCUUAUUCAGAAUCCAGUGCCCCGUCGCCGCCGCCAUCGAUGGACACGCUCGAGCUCGCCCCAGGAAAGGGGCUGGGCCUGUUUCGGCUCGGAGACACACUCUGGCACGUCCUCGAUACCAUGCGCGCAAGGAAGGAUGAUGUUCCCAAACUGGAGGUAUCAUGGGAUCCCAAGAACGCGCCAAAGUCCGCUGUCACGGUGCACGCCGGCGCAGUGACCCUCCUUUUCCCGUCAUCGCGCGAACAGCGUCUCUCACUCAUCCACGUCGCCCUUGACACCUCGUCCCCGCUCAGCAUCACAUAUGAAGGUGUCGUCCUCGCGAGCCGCUCGCAUCCACUUACACGGUCCGGUGUCGCGCGGGCCCUGGGGCCGACAUACGCCGCUGAUGGUGCACAGCGCCUCGCGUACCCUGGAGUGACGUUUGAACUCAGCGGUAGCGGACGCGAAGACGCCGUGGUGUCCUUGAGCGUUGCACCGAGGGAGGAGGGGGUGCUGCCUUCCAUUGAGCCGUUGUUGAAGUGUACCAUCCAGCCGGGGCGCGGCGCCACCUUGUCCCUCCCGCACGACGUUGAGAUUGUGCUCCAAGAAACGACAGCGCAAGACCUGCUCCUUGACCUGGGCACACCGUUGCGCAAAUACUGGAAAGAGGACGACCGCCUCGAUCGCGUUUGGGGAGCGGAGCGGAAUGGCGGGGACGCGCAGGCCAACGCCUGCUUCUGGAACUACUUCCAGCACGGGCUCGACUUGCUCGUCGUGGACGGCGUGGUGACCAAGAUCAUUGCGCACUCCAACAUUCCUGGUACACCAGAGUUCCAGCAAUAUGCCCGCUGCCCGUGGAUCCUGCCUACCGACGCGGGCGAGCUCGACUUCACCUCCCCCCUCUCAGCCUUCCGGUCGCAGCUCCCUUCGUCCUCGGACAGCAAAGCCACGGGAGUGGGGAGCAACGCGCACAAUAGCCACCUCGCUCCCGACAUGCAGCGCACCGAGUCCCGUCAGUCCCACUCCAGCAACGGCGGCGGAGCCGGAAAGAAGAAGCACAAGAACAGGGGCUCGCCGGAUCCGGGUUCUCGACCGGGCACGCCCGUGACAGACAUGCAAAGUCGCGACAGCUCUAGGGACGGAGCAGGCCGCGAGCCUGUCCCAGCUGACGCAAUGGUGCUGGACCGGUCGGUGGAGGGGGGACUGGACGGCGUGUUGGGCAUGUCCCGCAGCCAGCUCGUUGGGUUUGACGGCUUGGUCGUGGAGGUGGAUGAGCAGAGCAAGGGCAUCUGUUCUGUGCAGGUGUGGCGUGAUCCCGUGUAA